AUGUCGUCCCUUGGCUCCACGCCUCAGCAGCCUGUCGACUCUGGGCCAACAAUCUCAAUUACUAGCAAGAGAGUUCGUGCAAAGCAUGCUUGCCACGAGUGUCAUGCUAGACGAUUCAAAUGCAAUGUGACGCAGUGCCACCCUUGUUCCAACUGUGAAUCGGCUGGAACCCAAUGUGAGCUAUUUCCGUCUCGUCGAGGGAGGUACGAUAGACCACCGAAAAGACAGGUUCAGAGAGAUGCACUGGCACAAACGGAUGCGAUCCCUGGCGUGCAAGUUGAUGAGUUAUUUUCAGUCUCGUUUCCUUCAGUAUCUGUCACGCAUGAUAUCACCCCGGACGAAGCUCCUGAGCAGAACGAGGACGAGUCGAUCACCGGAGCUUCAACAACAAACCCAUCACAGGGAACUAGCACUACUGCUCAGGAAACACUGUUAUAUGGCGAGUCGAACCCUCUCACUCUGAUUCCCGAGAGUGUUCGUCCGGGCGAACAGCUGAGUUCAGAGGAGAGCCAUCCGUAA